AUGGCUGCGCUCUUCUCUUCACCCAGCAGGGCCUUCUGCUCUCUGAGCGUCUGCUACCUGCUGCUGCUGCUGCUGGGAGCUCUACUCUUCCAACUCCUGGAGUUACCGCUGGAGAAGCAGCUGCAGCAGCAGGCGCGGGAGCUACGACAGUCCUUCUUGCAGGACAACUCGUGUGUGCAGGAGAGUCAGUUGGAGGAGCUGCUAGCUCGCUGUCUGUCUGCCCAGCAUGCGGAGGUUCCUGUUCUUGAGGAGGACGAGGAGCAGAGGCAGUGGAGCUUCACCUCUUCCCUCUACUUUGUCAUCCUCUCCCUGACCACCACAGGUGCGGACUCGUACUCCCCCAGGUCAGAUGAAGCCAAGGUCUUUCUGGUUUUCUACUGCACCCUGGGGAUUCCUCUCACGCUCCUCAUCCUCACCCUUCUCUCCAACCUCCUCCACCCUAUCCUCACCCUCUAUCCGCUCCAAUUCCUGCGAUCCCGCUGCACUCUGUCACUCACCCAGUCAGCUCUCAUCCACUUCACCUUUCUGUCCAUCCUGGUUCUGGUCCUGCUCCUAGUUCUGCCUGCCCUGCUGCUCUGGAGUCAGCAGCCUCAGCGGAGCUUCCUAGACUCCCUCUUCUUCUGUUUCCUCACCCUGAGCACCGUGGGCCCAGGAAGGAACUCUCCAGGAGGAGAUUAUGGAGCAGCAGGCGAAAAUGGGGUCAAACUUCUCUCUGCAGGUUACCUUCUGGUGGGCCUGGUGGUGCUCCUCACACUCAAGGAGACGGCUCUGCAGGUUCCUCAGGUCCGCGCUCUGCUCAGACUCCUCUGUGGCUCCCACCGUGUUGAACUGAAGGGAUUCAACCUGAACGAACUGACAAGUGAAGAACAAGAGGAGGACAGGCAGUACACUUCAUCUAUCUGCACCGUCUCUUCAGAGCUGAGGAGCUCCGGCUCGGCAUGUCCAGUGAUCAGUGGGCUCUGA